AUGUCUCCCAAAUACCGAUUUUCUCAUCCUGGCCGUGGCCUGGAGAAAGCUCCUCUUUCUCAGAACCUGAUAGCCCAGGGACAGGCUGAGUCAGAACGGCGGCCAUUCUUUUCUCUCCCCUUAACAGAUGGCGGUUCCUUUCUUGGAUCAACUGCAUCCGGCGUCGCAGAUUGCCUAGUUAGUCUCUCGUCGUGCCAGCCAUCAACAAGUCCGGAAACUCCUCUAGAAUACGACGCGGUUAUGACCACGGUCUCCGCUACACCAUCAGUCCUCCCUGAAUCCAGACAAUACGUUGAGAACGGAUCGUAUGCAGGAGUCAGUAGGGCAACCGACCUGGGCCAAGCCAACUUGGCUUUCAACGAUGGAUUCCCUUCACAGCCUGCAAAUUGGCUGUCGGACGACAACACGCAAUCGUCACAAUUCAUGCAAAGCUACCCGGCCAUGCAGCCAACACUCACGACCUCAGCAGGUCCUGUGGAAGACCCGCGGCUUGCGAAGACACAGCCAAAUACUCAUUUUGAGACCAUGUAUUACCCGAACGAACAAAUACCGCCAAAUAGCUAUUCAAAACCGGAAGCCAGUGACGUGGCUCAAUUGAGUUCCAUCCCGCCGACUACACUCUCUGUUUCAAUGGCCCCAGCUCCAGCGCCUCAGAUUCAAAACUUUCUUGGGGAAGUGCCUGCUGGCAAUCGUUUCUCUCCGAGACCACUCACAGUCACAGCGGAGACACAGUAUACGAUGCCAUCGCCUAUUUUGAUACCUGCAGCAGUACCGUUUGAUGUGUCCAACAUCGCUCCUGCACAACAAGCACCUCUGGCAGUACCCCUGCCUUCGACCUCGACAACAAUUGGUAUGCCGCAAUCAGUUGCAGUGGUGCCAUAUCCGAAUAAUGCGGCUCCGCACUACACAGCUCCCAUGCUGAAUACUGUCAUUAAGCACCACAGUCACCGCCGUGACAGCAGCCAUGUUGCAACGACACCCUGUGUGACUGAAUCUACCUUUGAUAUGCCGAUCCAACGACAUCCAAGACCACCAGCUGCUAGACGUGGGCCAUUCAAGGACCAGACUGAGCGCCAGAAAACUGCACAGACGAGGAAGGAUGGCUGUUGCAUAAGGUGCCGUAUGCAGCGUAUUAGGUGCAAUGCUGAAGAGGGCAAUCCAAAGGGAGUGUGUCUUGGCUGUAAGAACUCACUGGGCCGUACGUGGCGGUUGCCUUGUCUACGAUUGAAGGUCACUGAUGUGAUCCUUUCCAAAACGACACAGGUAAAAGGCCACGAGUGGACACUUCGCUGGAAAGAGAAUACGGUUCUUGAUGAUGUUGGUCACUGGGCCUCGUCCGAGGUGAGGAUUCUUCGCAUCUCAGAAGGCUACACGAAUGAGUUUGUCGAACUUCGGGUUCGCAAAUUUGUUCCGCAAGACGGCGACAGUCUCGAGCGUUCCUGGGUGACACCCAAAGGGGAGACGCGGUCGGUACAGAUUCCACCAUAUGCUGUCAUCGAACCCGAGGCUAUUGCACCGCAGUACAGCGCCUACAUCAAGAGAGGUUUGGUUGCAUGUUGCAGCAAAGUCCUAGCGGACCAUAAGGACUCGGUGCUUUGGCCGACCUACUGGAUCGCGGUUAAGCUGACUCACGCAAAGAAUCACUUGUCGGAAGACGAGAACAAGCUUCUCGCCAAGACGCUGGAGUUGUGGAUGACAGUGCGCUUAACAACACGUUCCUUCGAGAUUGUCGGCGAAGAAACUCUUGGUAUGCCAAUGAACAUACUCGACGAGACGAGUCCGUCUCAUGGAAAGAUCCCGAUUCCGCCCGUCAUGGGAGCGCAGCUCGACUCCGUUCUUAUCCACGAAAUUCAAAACAGCUUGAGACACGACGUCCUCGGUGCUCUUCAAGAUAUGUUCCACAACAACAAGAUCAAUACUUGGUUUACAACAUACCUGGUUACAUUCAUGCUGUUGCACAACGCUUCCCUUGUUAUUAAGCACGAUGCGAGCUAUGCGAGGAAGCACGGGCUGAAGAGGCGCUUCGCACGCGAGGACAAGGUUAAGCAGUACUACACGGGAGCCAUCACGCUUCUUGCAUACUUCCACUAUUGCAACAAAGGUGCCUUUCCGUUCACCGAGACUGCUCGUGAACAAGACAUACGCAACCUUGCCAACCUCGACCAAAGUGCCAUGGGGAUAGUACGGCAUACCCGGAUGUAUGCCAUCGAUCAGAAAGCGAAGUGGCAGGCGGUCCUGGAUACAAACGACUACGAAAACGAAUUCUACUUUAUCAGCCAACUCUACGAAGUCAACUGGCAGCCCAGGACAAUGGUCAUCUAG